UUUUAAUUUUUUUUUUUUUGACAUAUUCAAUCUAUAUGAGUGGCCAUAAGUGAGCUGUGGCAAGACCUAUUCAAGAGUCAAGACCUCGUGUUCAUGCGUCAUACGUCCUUUCUUCACACUCCACCUAUUUAUAAACCACCAUCACCUGCAACAACCACUGCUAUUCCGACAACAAACACCUCCAUGGCCCACCCACCUGGUUAUCGCUUCUACCCUACUGAAGAAGAGCUCCUUUCCUUCUAUCUUCCCAAUGAACUCGAAGCCCGAAGAGAUGAUCUUCAUCGUGUUAUCCCUGUAGUCAAUGUCUACCAACAUGAACCAUGGCAUCUCCCAAAGGAAGCGGGAGAAUUAUGCAGGGAGGAUACUGAGCAAUGGUUUUUCUUUGUACCGAAGCAAGAAAAGGAAGUGAAAGGAGGUCGACCUUCAAGAAUGACAGCGACUGGUUAUUGGAAAGCCACUGGUUCGCCUACGUAUGUCUACUCAUCUAACAAUAAGGUGAUUGGAUUGAAGAAGACGAUGGUGUUUUACCAUGGGAAGUCGUCUGGAAGCAAGAAAACAAAGUGGAAGAUGAAUGAGUAUCGGGCAAUCAAAGAAGAACUCGAUGCCACCAAAAAGUUUUUGGUUCCAGAGUUACAAAAUCAGCUGAGCUUAUGCAGAGUUUAUGUGAUAUCAGGAAGCGUACGAGCAUUUGAUAGGCGGCCUUUAGGGCUAGGAACAUAUGAGAUUGGUUCUUCAAGUUUGUUAUCAUCUUAGUGAAGACCGGUUACUUUGAACCUAAUUAACAUGUCAUGGCUAGGAGGAACUAGCCUCCUCAUCUAAUUAAUUGAUCGUGUUUUUAUUCACUUGAAUUAGGAAUUUUCUACUUAUUUUACUUUUGAACAAUGUACACAAUUCUGUUAUCCAUCACUCUUCGAUUGACA